CCGGUUGGAUCUCGCUGCCUUCUUCCGGAGCUCAGCUCGAGCUCGAGCUCGGAUUCCAUCCAUGGCGAGGUGGUGAUUCGGAGGCGGCGGCGGCGGGAUGAGGAAGAGCUGGGGGAUGAGCACGGGCCCGGGGCGGCCGUCGGCGUCGGGUGACCGGGGGUGGCUGCUCCCGUUGGUCGCGAGCCUCCUCGUCUCGGCGACCCUCUUCCUCGCCGCGGCCUGCGGCCUCUUCUCGCCGCCCUCCCUCGGCGCCGGCGACGACUCCAUCCUCAUCGACGUGGCCACCUGGGACGACGCCGGCGGCGGCGGUGGCGUCGAGUCCGAGAUCAAGAACCGGCUCCUAGACGACGACGACGACCCGGACACGGCGGCGGUGAACUCGGACGCGUCGGACGCGGAGCCCCCGCGGAUCGCGUACCUCCUGGAGGGGACCAAGGGGGACGGGGCGCGGAUGCGGCGGACGCUGCAGGCGAUCUACCACCCGCGCAACCAGUACAUCCUCCACCUCGACCUGGAGGCGCCGCCGCGGGAGCGGAUCGACCUGGCCAUGUACGUCAAGGGCGACCCCAUGUUCAGCCAGGUCGGGAACGUGCGCGUCAUCGCCAAGGGCAACCUCGUCACCUACAAGGGCCCGACCAUGGUGGCCUGCACCCUCCACGCCGUCGCCAUCCUCCUCAAGGAGGGCCUCGACUGGGACUGGUUCAUCAACCUCAGCGCCUCCGAUUAUCCCCUCAUGACGCAGGAUGAUAUACUACAUGUUUUCUCUUCCUUGCCGAGAAAUCUUAAUUUUAUAGAACACAUGCAAAUAUCAGGUUGGAAAAUGAUUUCAAGAGCAAAGCCUAUUGUUCUGGACCCAGGGCUCUAUCUGUCGAAAAAGUUUGACCUUACCCUGACUACUGAGCGACGGGAAUUGCCAACAUCUUUCAAGUUAUAUACUGGUUCUGCUUGGAUAAUGCUCACAAAAACAUUCCUAGAGUACUGCAUAUGGGGAUGGGAAAAUCUCCCACGGACACUGCUAAUGUACUAUGUUAACUUCAUCUCCUCUCCAGAAGGUUAUUUCCAUACUGUUAUCUGCAACUCGGAUGAGUUUCGGGGCACUGCAGUUGGCCAUGACCUGCACUACAUUGCUUGGGAUUACCCUCCAAAGCAACAUCCGAAUAUCCUCUCCAUGAAGGACUUCAACAAAAUGGUCAAGAGCGGCGCGCCAUUUGCUCGGAAGUUUCCCAAGGAUGACAAGGUCCUGGACAAAAUCGACCGCGAGCUUUUGCACCGCUCCGAAGGCCAGUUCACCCCCGGAGCAUGGUGCGACGGGAGCUCUGAAGGAGAUGCCGAUCCAUGUUCCUCUAGGGGCGAAGAUUCAGUUUUCGAACCUGGCCCUGGUGCCGAGAGGUUGCGAGGCCUGAUGAAGAAGGUGCUUUCAUGGGAUUACCGCAAUGGGAGCUGUUCAUCGCUCGGUUACGAUCAGACGAAAAGAGAUUGGUAUGUCCCAAAAACUAGAGGAUAAUUCUGUUGUCCUGGCACUCUUUCUUGUAAAUGCAGAUAGGCUGAACUUGACCAUUUCCAUUGAAAUGAACAAAGCUUAUGAAUCCAACAUUCUGACCAAGAAAA